UGGUGGCGUCUGCGCCCUCAGCCAGCACCCAGCUUGUGUUGUGUGUGUGUGUGUGACGCUCUCUCUAUCUCACCCUCUCUCUCUCUCAUCCACCAACCUCACAGCCAUGGACCCAGCCUUCGAGGGAGCCGGCACCCAGGAAGGACUGCAGAUCUGGAGGAUAGAGAACUUCACUGUGGUACCUUACCCCAAGGAGAAGUAUGGCCAGUUCUACCAGGGAGACUCCUACAUUGUUCUCUAUACAAAUGAUGUUAAUGGCACCCUGAGUUGGGAUCUGCACUUUUGGCUGGGCUCAGAGACUUCCCAGGAUGAAGCGGGUGCAGUGGCCAUUAAGACGGUGGAGCUGGACGACCAUCUGGGAGGAGUACCUGUCCAACACAGAGAAGUGGAGGGUCAUGAGUCGUCACUCUUCCUCUCCAGGUUCAAGAAAGGUGUGAGGUACCUGAAAGGAGGUGUGGCCUCCGGGUUCCACCACGUUGACCCAGAUGCACCAUACCCAGCACGUCUCUUCCAUGUUAAGGGCCGCAGGAAUGUCCGUAUCAGACAGGUUGAAGCUAAUGUAAGCUCCAUGAAUAAAGGUGACUGCUUCAUCUUGGAUUGUGGGUCCACUGUGUAUACUUACAUGGGGUCCAGCAGCAGGAGGAUGGAACGACUCAAGGCCAUCCAGGCUGCAAAUGCUGUUCGUGAUGAUGAUCAUGCUGGGAAAGCAAAAGUUGUUAUUAUUGAUGAAACAGCAUCAGGUCGUGAGACAGAGGAAUUCUUUGCUGCUCUGGGAGGAGGUUCUAAUGAUGAUGUUGCUGAUGAAGGUGCUGGUGUGGAUGAUGCUGCGUUUGAACGCUCAGAAGUGAAUGUGGUGACACUGCAUCACAUAUUUGAAGAUGGUGAUGGUGUGGUCCAGACACGUAUGAUCGGUGAAAAGCCACUUGAACAGUCCAUGCUCAACUCUGGUGACUGCUUCCUUCUUGACACUGGUGUUGGCGUCUAUGUCUGGAUUGGCAGUGCCUCCAGCAAGAAGGAAAAAAUUAAAAGUAUGGAGAUGGCAGCUCAGUAUAUGGAACAGAAAGGAUAUCCUAAGUGGAUGAACAUCCAGCGUGUGGUUGAAAAGGCAGAGCCAGCUGUGUUUAAAGCCUACUUCAAGACAUGGAAGGAACCACAGGAACAAAUUGGUUUUGGUCGUGUAUUCACUCAGCGACAGAUGUCUGCAGUUUCAGCAACAGAGACAGACUUUGAUGUUCGGUCACUGCAUGCAGAGAAACGUCGUCUCUUGCAGAAGAAUGCUGGACCUGCUUUUGGCUUCAUGCCAGAUGAUGGUUCUGGCAAGCCUGAAAUUUGGCGAGUUGAGAACUUUGAACUGGAACCAGUAGAUGAAAAUGCUUUUGGGUUCUUCUUUGGUGGUGAUUCCUAUGUCAUAAAGUAUACCUAUGAAGUCAGCGGAAAUGAGCGUUACAUCAUUUACUUCUGGCAGGGCUCUGCUAGUAGCCAGGAUGAGAAGGCUGCAUCAGCUAUUCAUGCAGUGCGUCUUGAUAAUGAGCUGUUUGGCAAAGCUGUACAAGUACGUGUUGUACAGGGCUAUGAACCAGCUCACUUCCUAAGAAUUUUCAAGGGUCGUAUGGUUAUAUUCCUUGGUGGUAAGGCUUCUGGCUUCAAGAAUGUUCACGAUCAUGACACAUAUGAUGUUGAUGGCACAAGACUCUUCCAGGUGCGUGGAACAUGUGACUUUGACACACGUGCUGUCCAGCUGCCAGAGAAGGCUAGCUCACUCAACUCCGAUGAUGCCUUUGUUCUGGAGACUCCAGGCAAAACUUACCUCUGGAUUGGCAAGGGAGCAAGUGAAGAGGAGAAGAGCAUGGGUGAGAAGGUAGCAGAGCUGGUGUCUCCGGGCCAUGAACUGGAGGUGGUCGCUGAAGGAGAAGAGAGUGAUGACUUCUGGGCUGGUCUCGGUGGCAAGGGUGAAUACCAAACUGUUCGUGAUCUGGACAAACCUCUGCUGUACCCCAGACUCUUCCACUGUACUAUCUCUCCUGCUGGCUGCCUCAGAGUCAAUGAGGUGUCCUACUUCUCCCAGGAGGACCUGAAUGAGGAUGACGUUAUGGUUUUGGACUCUGGUGAUGAAAUAUACGUUUGGGUAGGACAAGGCUCUGAUGACCAGGAAAAAGAGAAAGCCUUCGCUAUGGCAGAGAAUUACAUUAAGACUGAUCCAACUGAGCGUACACUGGACUCCACUGUAAUCCUACGUAUCAACCAGGGAGAGGAGCCAGCUGCCUUCACUGCCAUCUUCCCUUCAUGGAACCAAGAUAUGUGGCAACAGCUUCCCAGACGAGCCGAGAAGUCUCAAAAGAUAGAGUCUGAAAAAGUUUCCAAAGAUCAGCCUGAAAAGAAAAAGACUUCUAACUGUUGCUGUUGCCAAUGACUGUGAAGAGAUGCCAAGCUAUGAUGAUGUGAAAGCACAGGUAGCUGAGGCAAAUGCUGGUGCCGAGUAAAAACCGAUGUCCUGCGAGGUGAAGGGGAGGGACUGCGUUUCACAAAAAAACUCUAGGGAUAGACUGCAUUUUUAUAAUGAUUGAACUGCAAUGAAAAUUAAUUUUAAUGAAUCAUUUUUUUUUUUUUUAAUAUUAGUAAUCGGUUCACAAAAUAGUGUUACAUUCUUGUGAGUCAUUCAGCACUGAAAGACAUCUGAAUUCUGAUUAAUUAAACAUUUGAUUUUUUGCACUGUUGUGCUUGAUUAUAACAGUACCGCAUACAUACAUACAUACACAUCCAUAAACACACACUUUAUAAAAUGGUAUACAGUAAUUAUCACCAUUACAGUACCAUGAUACUGGCAACUUAAUUUUUGCUUUAUCAUAAACACUAACUACUGUUAAAAUAGUAUUCCAAAAUUAAAUAAAUUACUAAUUAAUUAAUCAAAUCAAUCUUUUUUGAGAUGUACUAUAAAUAUUUUUUAGACGUGUACUAGCGUGCCUCUUUUUAUACCUAUUAUCCUACAGUGGAAAUGCAAAUUCAAGAAAUGGUGUGAGGGUGCUUGAUGCUUACUGCUGGCCUGGGUCACUGGGACCUGUAGAAUUCCAAGUAUUAGUGCCUUAAGUGUUCAGGUAGACAAUAUUCAGCACAUUUGAUUAGUUUGAUACAUGCUUCCAAACUUGCCAGCAACUACUCUAUGUUAGGUUUCAUAAUAUACCAUUUACAAAAAGUAGUUGCAAUCUUCAGUUAAUAUAAUAGUUAAAUUUUAUGCAUCAAUCAUUUUAUGAAAUAAUUUCUAUGCUUAAUUAUGCAGAAAUUUAAAUAUGUAUGCCAUGUGAUUUUACUUUAAACUUAAAACUAUCACACAACUAUUAUGAUGUUGUAUUUUAUGCUGAGAUAUAAAUUUAUACAUCAUUUCACUUCAAUGACUCAAUGUAAAAAGUUGUAUUUUUUAAUGCUCUUUUUAUUUGGCUGUUUUUUUUUUUAUCAAUAAUUUAAGUGAGUUUGUCUCCAGUUUGUCCAGGGUAUCUUAUGUUAAUUUACAUUCAGUAUUACAUGGCCUAUCUUCAUGUCUGGAAAUUAUUUAAAAAAAAUUCUUCUGCUACAGUAAAACUUGUUAGAUCCAAUGUUCCAAUAACUCACCAUGUCACAUAUACUACCACCAUUAGUUUAAUAUCAGACCACAGUAUGGGUGGGGUUAGAAACCAUGGUGAUUGAGUCAUAAAACUCGGUACAAAAGUCUAGUGCAGUGAAAUUACAAGGUAAUCAUAGCCAAAUAGACUGACUUAGAUGUGACUGGAUCUGAGAAGUUUUGUCUAAAAUUCUGAAUAGUAUACUAAGUAAAAUAAAGUUUUGACUGCUGAAAAUAUUGUAUUUUUAGUUUUUUUGUUAUAUUUAGGCUUCCAUUAGUUUAUAAGAUCUUACUUCUGUGGUAUAAAGUCUCAUAUUAAAGGACUUGUGAGAGCUUUAGGUACUGAAUUUUUAUAUGCUGAAACUUGGUCAUAUCAGAUACUCUAACUUUUAUAAAUUACAAGUCACACAUCGGCUUAUUCCUUUGGUACUUAAUCUGUCUAGUCACUGGAGUAAUGUCUCUUGACUAUAUUGUCUUUCCUAUGAUUUGCACAAAAUAAAAGAAAAAUUAAUAAA